AUGUCCCCAUCUACUCUCCUACUCUGUCUCCUUGCUGGAUCAUCCUGGGCUUUUGUCCCAGAUGAUCCAGCUCUCCGUGGAACCGAUUCUUUCGGAGGAUAUCCUAAUGACAUCUUCUACUUCACUCGGAAUGCCUUCGCCGCCUCUUCCUCGGAUACAGCCCAACAAGUCGUCGAGAAGUUCUUGGUUCGGAUGACUAGAUCGUUCGAAUCAAAAGAUGUCGCUGUGGUUUCUGGAUUGUUCCAACCUGGAUUCGUGUUCAAGGGAUGCAAAGGAACCUAUGAUAAGAGUCAAAUCAUCGGUCUUUUAUCCCAAAUCCCAUCUGGAACCAAAUUCACCCUCUCACUCAAAUCAGUCCUGGAUACUGGAUCUUCAAUCAAGUAUACUGUAGUCGCCAGUGGAUUCGGACCAGCCUCCAUUGAAGCUAAUUUCGUCUUGAACAAGAUCGAUCAACAAUUGGAAUGUGGAGAAAUUCCAGCUUGUACUCAAAUUUCUGCUGGCGAGAUGGCGAAGAAUUUUCUGGAUCAUGCGAUUAUAUCUAUUGAGUCCCAAGAUGUCGCGAAGAUCACAGACCUUUUCGAUGUUAGAUUCCUUUUCAAGGGCUGCCUCGGAGCAUAUAACUACGGGCAUGCUGUCCGAAAGCUUACCUCCCUCCCAUCUGGUACCAGAUUCUCCUUCACCCUCCAAGCAGUUUCUGAAUGGAAUUUACUGUUGUGUAAAUAUGAUAAACGGUUGGAGUACGGCCAUAUGCUGGCGUGUCCGUUGAUUGGAAGGUCACAACCAGAAGAUUCGAACGCUGUCGUCCAGAGAUUCUUAAGCUCGAUGAAGGAAACCAUCGGUUCUCAUGAGGCAGCACUUAUUGGAAAACUAUUCGACGAAGCGUUCAUUUUCAAGGGAUGCCAUGGAACAUACACAAAAGUUCAAGCCAUCGCCAAGCUCACCUCCUUCCCUUCCGGCGCCUCUUUCAAUUUCUCACUGAUCGAUUCGAAAUGGAAUAAUCAGGGACAAAUCGAGUACACUGUCUCUGUAUCAGUUCCAAUAAUGGAUAGCUUCAAGGCUCAAUUCGUCUACUGUCCACACAGAAAUGUUCUGAAGUCGGGAAGUAUUGAGAACUGUGCAGCCAGAAGAUUCAGUGUUUUCUAUUGA